GUCAGAGUUAAAGUAACGUGGCAAUAUAUCUGCCCCCUCCCGACACACUCAUGAUGCAGCAUAUAUAUUUCGAUAAACAGCAUUAUUAAUACUCGAGUGUACUUUGAUCCUCCUCAAGUUAAUAUAUCACCAUUUUCAUCAGAUUCCAGCUAAAAUAGUUCCAAGAGUGUCUCACUAACCUGGUGAUACUACAUCUUAUUGUUAGAGAUUUGUAAAAAAGAAGUCCACAAUGUCCAUCGUAACGAAAGGUGUUUUUAUUGUUGCUGCGAAGCGUACCCCAUUUGGUACAAUGGGUGGCAUGUUUGUGAAUAAAAGUGCCACUGAUUUGUCAGUUGUUGCAUCAACCGCUGCAAUUCAAGCAGGAGGUCUAAAGCCAGAGCAAAUAGAUAGUGUUGUAUUUGGACAUGUCUUAGUAGUAAUCACAGUCAUCAUCUUUGAUGGAGCUUUUCUAGCAAGGCAUGUUUUAUUGAAAGCAGGAAUUCCAUUGCAAAAGCCAGCAUUUGCUGUAAAUAGAUUAUGCGGUUCUGGUUUUCAAGCAAUUGUUAGCGGAGCUCAGAACAUUUUAACAGGAGAAUCAAAGAUUGUCUUAACGGGUGGUGCAGAAAACAUGAGCCAAGCGCCUUUUGUUGUGAGAAACGUUCGUUAUGGAACUGCUUUAGGACAGAAAUAUGAUUUUGAAGACUCACUCUGGGUUGGGUUAGCAGAUAGCUAUUGUAAUUUGCCCAUGGGUAUGACUGCGGAGAAACUCGGUGCCCAAUACAAGAUAAAGAGAGAGGAGGUUGAUCAGUUUGCCCUGAGCAGUCAACAACGCUGGAAAGCUGCACAGGAUGCUGGACGUUUUAAUGAAGAAAUAACGCCUGUGCAAGUAAAAAUUAAAAAGCAGGAUACAAAUGUCAGUGUGGACGAGCAUCCACGACCGCAAACAACAAUAGAAACCCUGAGUAAAUUAAAACCUGUUUUCCAAAAAGAUGGACUAGUUACAGCUGGUUCCGCAUCGGGUAUCUGCGACGCUGGUGUUGUUAUUUUAGCAAGCGAAGAAGCUGUGAAGACAGAAGGCUUAAAACCAUUGGCGCGUUUAGUUGGAUACAGCAUUGUUGGUGUAGAGCCGAGUAUUAUGGGAAUUGGUCCUGCACCAGCAAUCAAGAACUUACUCAAACUCACAGGCAAAACACUUGAUGACAUGGAACUGAUUGAGAUCAAUGAGGCGUUUGGAGCACAGACGUUGGCAUGUGCAAAGGAUCUUAAUCUCGAUUUGAAUAAAUUGAACGUGAAUGGUGGUGCUAUCGCUCUGGGCCAUCCAUUGGCGGCUUCCGGUAGUAGGAUCACCGCUCAUUUAGUGCACGAACUCAGGAGACGGAAAGCUGGAAAGUUUGCUAUCGGUUCCGCUUGUAUUGGCGGUGGCCAAGGCAUUGCUGUGAUGAUCGAAGCUCUAUAAUCAACCGAGAAGACUGAUCUACUAAAUUUUUUCGAGACGUUUAACGGUGAACAGAAUAAAUACUACAAAAUAAUAAAAAAA